AUGUACCCUAAAGUACAGCCACUGCAGAUUUCACCACUGGAGGCCACAGAACAAGUAGCUCCAGGGCAAGAGGCUGACCGUAUUAGUUGUUCUGUAAGAAACCAUGUUUACAAAUUCAUCCUCCUGGGUCUGACUCAAAAUAUGGGACUUCAGAAAUUUUCAUUUGUUGUAUUUUUGAUUGUCUACUUGGUCACCGUGGCAGGCAACCUGCUCAUCAUGAUCACUAUCAGCACCAGCCGGGAACUGGGAUCCCCCAUGUACUUCUUCCUGUCUUACUUAUCCCUUAUAGAUGGCUGCUGUUCUUCCUCCAUGACCCCUAAAAUGCUAGCUGACCCUCUCUCUGUGAGAAAAACGAUCUCUUUUAAGGGAUGUAUGACUCAAGUCUUUGCUGAGCAUCUUUUUGGUGCUGCUGAGAUUAUCCUUUUCACAGUGAUGGCCUAUGACCGCUGUGUGGCCAUCUGCAAACCCCUGCGCUAUAGGACCAUCAUGAGUGGACAGGUGUGUAACCUCCUUGUGGGAGUGGCCUGGGCUGGAGCCUUUGUUCACACAACCAUUCAGAUCCUCUUCAUAGUCUGGCUGCCUUUCUGUGGCCCCAAUGUCAUAGAUCACUUCAUGUGUGACUUGAACCCUUUGUUGAAACUCGUCUGCGUGGACACUUAUACUCUUGGUCUCAUUGUUGCUGCCAAUAGUGGAUUCAUCUGCCUGUUAAACUUCCUCCUUUUGAUAAUCUCCUAUGUGGUCAUCUUGCACUCUCUAAGGAUGUAUAGCUUGGAGGGGAGGUGCAAAGCCCUCUCCACCUGUGUGUCUCACAUCACCGUAGUCAUUUUAUUCUUUGUGCCAUGCAUAUUUGUGUAUCUGCGUCCAGUAACCACCUUUUCCAUUGAUAAAGCUGUGGCUGUGUUUUAUACAAUGAUAACUCCCAUGUUAAAUCUUUUAAUCUACACACUCAGAAAUGCAGAGGUGAAAAAUGCUAUAAAGAAGCUCUGGAUCAAAAUGUGUCUUCAACAGAGCAGUGCUCACAAAAGUGUAAAAUGCCUUUAUCUUUUAAAUGGCAAAGAGAAAAUAAUAUAA